AUGAAGACACAGCGAAAGCUCAUUCUAAAAUACAUAAAAACGAAUGAAAUAGAUAAGGCCCUGGAGACUGCCCUUUACACAAUCAAAUACUAUGAGCCAGAUUACAAAGUGCAGUUUUACACGGGAUACUGCUAUUUCCUAAAAAAAGACUACCCCCAGGCAGUCUGCCACUAUAAGCAAGCAAUAGCCACCUCUUCCUCCCCAGAAGAGUCACUAGAGGCGUCUAAAGGCCUUGCUAAAAUAUACAUAGAAUCUGACUAUAUGUACAUAAAGGAUGAAGACAGAAAGGAAAUAGAAAAUGUCCUGGAGACUGUCCUGGAGGGUGCAGAUCCAAAGAAGUACACUGCCCUGGAGAAGGACUCUAUUAUUUUUCUUCUAAGCAUAUAUCUGUACAAUGAUCUAGAUCAGUAUAUGGCUGUAUUCAGAAAGUACUGCAUGGAGACAGAUUCUUCUGGUGAAAAAACAGUCAUAAACGAAGCCUUCUCAGAUGAAGGAUUCUCGCAUAUCCGGGCAUAUUUCUGUGAGAGACUAAAACAGUUCCACAGAGACCUAAAGAGCACAAUUGAGAGUGGAUACUUCUCCAUGGAAAGAAAGGUUCUUGUCCAGGAAGUGAAGAAUAUUUUAGCAAAAGUAAGUGAUUUGCCUGAGUACUACAAAGACCUUAUAGAGACGUAUAGGAAAGAGUUUCUUGCAGAUAUAUGCAGUAACUACUUGCUGUACCUUAUUAUGCGCGCAUACAGUGACUUUCUGCAGGUAGGAAAUCUUCUUGAAUUUAUGCAGAAAAUCCUUGAAGAGAACAUUCCAAUUGAAGAUACGUCUUUGGUGCUUAUGACACUUUCUGACUUCAUGAAUAUUCCUGCCUUAUUAGGAUCUCCUUCCAUAUACAAGAAAGUAUAUUAUAACACACUCUCACCCACUAUCCUGCUACUGCGGUUCCCAGGAAAUGAAGCUGUCAUGAAGACUGUACUAGAGAUAUACAAGGAAAUAGAAAUUGCACUAGGAAGAGAGUACAAGGAAAAAGUGGACUAUGUGACAGCCCUUCUGGUGAGACAGAUAUCCAGCCAGGAAGUACUCACAGACAGAGAGUGCCCUUUUCUCUCUUCAGUCACUGUAGCAUACCCAGAUGUACCCAGAAUAUCAAGCCCAAUGAAUCUGCUGAUUAUCCUGGAUGAUGCCCUUAAGGCAAUGAACCUCAAGGUGAUCAAUGAGGUCCUGGAUAUGCACCUGCCAUCAACAGUAAUAGAUGACAUUGUAUCUGCAGUGCUUGAUCUAAUGGAAAUCCCAGAGAGUGCAAUAGAAUUUCUUGCAGAUAGAAAUAUUCCACAGAAAGAUUUGUGCAUACAAGAAGAGCACAAAGAGACUGUACUUCCAGUAGAGAGUAAUAUAUGCACUAGAGAGGCACUUAUUAAAAUAACCAGACUCGCAUAUAAUACCCUAGGACACAAAGACCUUUUACUUGAAUAUGUGCAUGAAAAAAUAAACUCAGAAUAUCACCUAGUGCUAGUGAAGCAGCACAUGGCCCUUCUUAAAGGCAAGAUAGAAUCUGUGCAUGCGUGCCUCAUAGAGAACGAGAUAAAAAUAGAUUCAUACAGAGUCUAUCUCGUUAGAAUUAGUAAGUACACAAGUGCCUUUGAAAUGAUCUACAGCUACUACAAGUUUGCAUGCGAGUACAUUAACAAGACACUUGCCUCUUCACAGUCUAAUGUGCCUGUGGGCAGUGACUACCUGCACUAUGCUAGUAUAUACAGCAAGGAGAAUAUGCAGAUGAAAACUGCACUAGACUUGCUCCCACUGAACCUGUAUAAAUACUCAGUGGAUGCGCAUAUUUCGCACUUUAAGCAUCUUCUGGCCAUAAAUCACUAUGAAAAGGGAAAUAGUCCUGUGGUGCUGCAACUUCUUAAGGAGCUGUAUGAUGCAAGACCAAAUGACUACUACCUUAUCAGUGACUUCGGGGUGGUUCUUGCAGAAUCAAACGAGUCCUUGCAUCCUGUUGAUAAAUAUUUGCGUGUUGUGCAGAAUAUUAGUAGUCCGCAUCUGUUCAUGCUGAGCAUGGAGUGGCAUAAAAGACAAGAAUCUUGGGAGAUGAUGGAAAGAAGGGCAAAAGAGGUUCUUAUGUUCAGGUAUGAAUAUACAGUGAAGAUGGCACUGACUGAAGCACUGACUGAGCAGAAGAAGUAUAGAUAUGCAAUAAAAAUACUAAGUGAAAUUGAAGAGACAGAAAAUAAGGCAGGGAGUGAUCUGCUGCCAACUGUGAAAAUAUUCAAUGCGUACUUGCAUAUAAAAAUAGACAGCCUUGAUGUGGCAGAGGAUAUUCUUGACUCGCUGCUUGCAGAAGAAGUGGGUGACCCUGAGAGAACACGGGCUGUGCAGUAUAAAAAGCACAUUCGGGCACUGCAGAUGCAGGCUGCACUUAAGACGGAAGAAGCAGAGAGUGUGAUAAAAAUUGCAGAGGAGUACAAGAAUCUCCCUGUUAUUAGUGAAGUGAAUGAAGAACCCACUGAGAUAGAGAGAAGUACGGCUAUGUCUGAUGCGUAUGUGGGCCUAGUGCAGAGCGUGCUUAUGAAGGAGGUGGGUGCACCUGUUGAACUGCAGAAGUAUUUGGAGACAGAUGAUCAGCAAGAACUUGUUGCACUAAGCAAGCUUAUUCUGGCAGCUGCAAGCACGUCCGGGCAACUGCAAAAUCCGGCUGUGCACAGUGCAGUGCUCUCCUGCAUAAAGAAGGCAAAUCUCCAGGGAGAGACUCGAGAUGCACUGGAGGUUGAGCUUAUACUGCGAAUAGUGCGUGAUGAAGACACACAAAAUUACUAUGAAGAAAACAGAAAGUCAGAAGAGACGGCCUUUGCUAGAGUGGUCCAGGCACUGCUUUAUUCUCCAGUGGAUCUUGCGCCUGUCUCCCGGGAAUAUCUGAAGAAUGCGACAAUUGCAGAGAUGGAUGUGCUUCUUCUUUUGGCGCAGAAAAUUGCAGAGCAGAAGAAUCCCAGGGAUAUUUCUGAUUUGGAGGCAAUAUACUUGCAUCUAUGCCGGAAGUACACUCCGGACAGAGAGGAAGUACGUUGGCUCCAUGAAUUAUUAAAAAAGUAA